AUGGAGCGCCAAAGCGUGAUAAUCAGGAACCCGAAUUAUCCAGAGAAAGAGAGGAAGAGACCAGAACCGGUUCAGCGAAGCUCUGUCAUCUGCCAACGGCCUGAUCCAGUUACCAGAGUCAGCCCGUAUGAAAUCCCGGGAAACUUCAAGCAAAAACAUGCAGAACCAAGGAUGGACAAUGAUGAGCUAAGGGACAUCUACCUUACUUUGCCACAGCAGAAGCUUUUCAAAGGCAUGCUGAAUUUCGCGUCAAACAUUUCCGACGGGGAAGACGUCCAAUUCAUCAACUCUUCCAUUCCGACAACUUCGAAAUCGCCCGUCAUGCAUCGUCCGACAGCAAGCCCGAUCCGAAGGCCGCCGAUAACUUCUGCUUCCAUCGCCGGGCCGCCGAUGCAGCAUCCACGGCUUCCAGUUCCGAACAUCGAAAAACCGACAAAGAAGAAAGGACCUGUUCCGAAACUCUACGAUGGCGAAUGUUGUAAAAUUUGCGGCGAUAAAGCAAGCGGAUUUCACUACAAUGUCGUGUCCUGCGAGGGCUGCAAGGGGUUUUACAGAAGGGCGAUUCUUGAAACAAGGGCUUUUAGGUGCAAAGGGACGAAAGUCGGCGAGUGUAUGAAGGACUAUUUUCUCAGCCGAAAGUGUAAAUAUUGCCGCUUCGAUGCUUGCCAAAAGGGUGGUAUGGCGAAGCACUAUCUUCAGAACAAAAACACAAAUGGAAAGUAUCCGGCGCUUAAUCCUGGAGAAGAAGAGCUCUUAAAAAUGGUCAUAAAUUUUUGGGGCUUGUAUCGCGACGGAGUAUCGGCGGCAAUGGAUAAAAAGCCACCAGAAAUGCCAAAAACGAUGCGUCCCAUCAAAAAGACGAAUCCAUUUGUGGUCAUUCAGAAAAAACUGCGGGAGAUAUCAAUAAACGUUCCUGAGUAUCCGGAAGAAGAUUCUAUCGCCGCGAUGCGAUCAAGAAUGGGCCAUCUUAUCGCUCUCUCGCAGCUUCAUUUGCAAUUUAUCUUGUUGCUGGUCGAAGCGAUGCCGUUUUACAACGAUUUGACGGAAGCAACGCGGAAAUUGAUAACCAAGGAGUCGAUUGUCGAGAUUAUCUUUCUCCGAGCUGCUUGUUGCGCAGGAGGAAACGGAGUGGCGAGCGUGAACGGCGCACGAUAUUCCGCCGAAUCGCUCCAGAAGUCCGGUGUUUCCUCAAGUUGUAUUUCAAUUCUGAGCGACUUUAUCAAAUGGGUCAGAAAACUGCAACUCCUGGAAGAAGAAUUCGCGAUCAUCGUGGUUCUGAUUCUCAUGUCACCUGAUAGAGGAGUCGCAAAAGAUGUGGACAGAUGUCAAUUGUACCGGGUUCAGGAGAUCUUCAGGGACAUUUUGAGGCAGUUCGUUGUGGAUAAAUUCCCUGAGACGGCGACGAAGCGAAUAGCUAAAAUCGUUGAUCUACUGAUGAAACUACGAAUGAUAUCCGGUAAUCUGAACAAACAAUUCCAUUCGGCUGCGAAGGGAUGA